AUGUUUAUAUUUCUAUUGAUUAUUGUAAUUACUAAUGCAACAGAAAGUAUUAACAAUCAAGAAGAAAGAACUAAAGAAAUAAUACACACACAAAUACAAUCAAAACAACACAAAAGAAUGUUUAAUCUACAUAAAGUACAAUUAAAAGGUGAAGUAACAAAAGAACCAGAAGAAACACCAACAGGUGUAAAGGAUGUGUCAUCACAAACGAUAAAUACUGGAACAGGAGGAAUAACCACAUCAACAAAUCCAUCAGGGCAAGCUACAGACACAACAAACUCAAAAAGUAAAACAGAUAAAAAUACAGAAGAAAAUACACCAUCACCAAAUGAACAAAACACAAAAGGUGCAACAGGACAAGAGAAAAAUCCAGUGUCACAACCUCAAGCUGAACAAAAACCAGUAACACCAAAUACGACAGGAGAGAAAGGACAAGAACAUGAUUCAACAACAGGACAAGGAGCAGAAAGUGGAGCAAGUAAUACAGGAAAAGAGACAAAUAAACCCAAUUCAAAUGGAGAAGAUAAUACAGGUAAAACAAAAUCACCAAGUGAAACAAAGCAAAAAACAGAGUCAACAACUGGAGAAGGAAUAGAUGAAACAAGUAACACAGAUGGACAAAAUCCAAAAGCAUCAACAAGCACCACUGAAGGAGGAGACAAAAAUGAAGCAACUCAUGGUAACAAUGAACAAGAAACAGGAACAAGUGGAGCUGGAGGAGAAGAAGGACAAAAGCAAGAUGAACAACAUGACAAAGGAACGAAUGACUCAACUAAUGAACAAGGAAAAGAGCAAAACAAUAAAGGUGCAACAACAGAUGGAAAUGGUGAACCAGCAACAAACAAUAAUAACAAAGGAGAAGAAGGAAAAAAAGAAGAAAAAGUAAAACCAAAAAAUGAAACAACCCCAGAUGAAAAAGAUACAAAAACAAAGAAUGACAAAGAUGAAAAGAAUAAUAGUGAAACAGGAACUUCAGAUAAUACAAAGAAUAAAUCAAAUGAAAAACAACAAACAACUUCAAAUGAUAAACAAAAUAAUACCACAAAUACUAAUUCUGAAAAUAAAACGAAUGAAAAAUCAAAUAAUAACCAUGAUGAACAAAAUGAACAACAUAAUAUUGAUAAUGCUUCAAGUAUUUUCAUUCUUCUAUCUACAUUCACUCUAACUUUGUUAUUUUAA